AUGAAACCGAGAAUGAGUACCUCAUCAGCCACGCAGCUCAGAAAGGAAUUUCUGAGGAAAUGGAUAAAGGGCCUCCACGUGUACACCAAUUUGAACAAGGGCAGUAUGGGAAUUCUCGACCGUAAACAGGCCAUCAAGCUCUCGGCUGACGCAGCCAUGGCCUCGACCCGCAGGGCCGCGACCCACUGGAGCCAGGCCCUGAUGGACAACGUCAUCUCGUCAUCCGAUGGGCCCAACAGGAUCCUUGUAGAACAAAUAUUGGGCCGCAAAUUACCAGCCCACAACAACAAUAAUUUGGCGACGAUUGCAUGCAGCAAGAGGAUUUUACGAAAAAGCCGCAUCAUAAGCGCGCAUCGCAGGGUUGUACCUCGGCGCGUGAAAUCGAGCCCCGAUUACGUCGCGAGGAAGCUCGUGAGGAACAAGACGCGCGUGCUUAAGAGGCUUGUACCGGGAGGAGAGAGAAUGGACGAGGGGUGUUUGAUCCGCGAAACCCUAGAUUAUAUCUCAUCCCUUAGGGUGCAGGUGGACGUCAUGCGAUUUCUGGCUGCUGCUGCUCAGAAAUUGGAGGCUUAA